GCGCGCUCGUGGCACAGGGAGAGAAAGUAGGACAGACGAACGCAACCAAGCUCAAGGAAUACCAAGAGAAGCUCAAGCACGAGAAGCUGACCAACGGAGACUUGGCAGACUUAGUUUGGCACUGCAGACUCCAGACGACGCACGCACAAGACAAAGUCAAGAUUUGGAUCGAGGCCAAAGCGACGGGGAUGGAGGAUAUUGUGGUGCAGGCUUUGGUGCAGAUCGGCGACGGCACCUUCUACUACAAUUACUGCCCGACAGACACAGAGUGCACCGUCCCCGACUAUUACGGACACGACUGGAUCACUGACGGCACUCCCUACGGCAGCGGGGAUGAGCUCCACGAAAACCCAAAGGCAAUCGCGCUCCGUUCCUUCGGCCUCCAGCGGACCCUGCGAGGCAACUCCUACCUCCGCGAGUUCGUCUAG